CGCAUACUUGGGUUUUUUGUUCCUCCACAACUUCUUUUUUGUGACCAAAAAAAAAAAAGAGGGUAACCUCCCCUCUCUUACCUUAUAUAAACUCUUGUUACAACAACAGCAACAAAACCAACAACCCUUUAUUUAUUAACGACGACAAGACGAAAAGAACAAUGACUUGGGUCGAUACCGUUAACAACAGUGUCGCCAAGUCUAAAGUUGGCCGAUACUUUCAGCUUGAAGGCUCCGGUGCCUACCGAGAACGUAAAGGCACCCGUUUCUUGACAGAAAUUAGAGCCGGCCUUACCACCUUCUUUGCGAUGGCAUACAUUAUUUCUGUCAAUGCCUCCAUUAUCAGCGAAAGUGGUGGUAAUUGUGUCUGUGACAGCACGCCCGAAGAUCCUGUUUGCGACAACAAUGCCGAAUAUUCGAACUGUAUUUUCUCGUUAAAGCUGGACAUGAUCAUGGCCACUGCUAUUAUUUCCAUGAUCGCUUCAGUUCUCAUUGGCGUCUUUGCAAAUCUUCCGCUCGGCCUUGCUCCUGGUAUGGGUCUUAAUGCCUACUUCACUUACAACGUUGUCGGAUACCACGGUACUGGUGGUACGCCUUAUAAGGUUGCAUUGGCUGCUGUCCUUAUUGAAGGAUGUAUUUUCUUCCUCAUGUCCGUAUUUGGUAUCCGUCAAUGGCUUGCACGAAUCAUACCCAUGAGUAUCAAGGUUGCCAUGGGCUGUGGCAUCGGCAUGUAUCUGUGCUUUAUUGGUCUACAAUCCUCUGCCGGUAUCGGUCUUGUUGGGUUGGAUACCUCAACGUUAGUUUCCUUGGGUGCUUGUCCUGAUUGGGCCAAGGAUGAAAUGGGUGCAUGUACCGGCCAUACUAUGGAAUCGCCACAUACCUGGAUGGGUAUCCUUGGAUUGAUUAUCAUGGUUAUAUUGAUGAUGUAUCGCAUUCCCGGUGCUAUUUUGAUCGGCAUUGUGUUCAUCUCCAUCACCUCCUGGCCCCGUGUAAGUGCCGUUACCUACUUCCCUUACACUGAGAGCGGUCAAGCCAUGUUCGAUUAUUUUAAACAGGUCGUUACGGUUCAUUCACUGGACAACAUUCUGGCACAAUUCGAGUUUGAUCUUACUUCUCGAGAGAUCUGGAUCGCAUUGAUCACCUUUUUGUAUGUCGAUAUUCUCGAUACUACUGGCACCAUGUAUUCCAUGGCUCGCUAUGGUGGUUUCACCGACAAAAGUGGUGAUUUCGAACACUCGACUUAUGCUUUCUUGUCUGACGCAAUCAGUGUCAUUGUUGGUGCCUGCUUCGGUAGCUCGCCCUGCACAGCGUAUGUCGAAUCCGGCGCUGGUAUCGCCGAAGGUGGCCGUACUGGUAUUACAGCCAUUACCGUCGCGUUUGGCAUGUUUAUCUCCAUUUUCUUCUCGCCUAUCUUUGCGUCUUUCCCUCCAUGGGCCACCGGAAGUGCCUUGGUUAUCGUAGGCAGCAUGAUGCUUGCCGGUGUCCGCAACAUCAACUGGGAUUAUCCUGGUGAUGCUAUUCCUGCAUUCAUCACCAUCACUGUCAUGCCAUUCACCUAUUCGAUUGCAUACGGUCUUAUUGGCGGUAUCAUCAGCUACGUUAUUAUCAACGGUGUCAUUUAUCUCAUUGACAAGGCAACAUUCGGCCGCAUCCGUCCUGACUAUUCGCUGCGCGAAAACUGGUGGACUGCCGCUUUCAGUCGCUCAUUCAUGCCUCACUGGAUGCGCUACCUCUGGUGCAAGGCUCGCGGUAACCCUAUCCCAUGGCGCAUGGAUGACCAUGACUUUGAUUCUGAUGACGAAAAGGAGGAAGAUCAAAAUCCUUCUGCAGUUAUUGUCGGUGGCGAUAGUAUUAACGAUGGUUUGUCUACUAAUGACAUGUCGGUUCUUAACCAUCAGCGGUACCGCGAAAAGGGCGAGCUGUAUGAGCCGUAAAAAAAGCAUUAUUUCAAUUUAUUCUAGAUGUAGAUGUAUCAUUUGUUACCCUUUUUUCCCCUCCUCCUACCUUGUCUCGUCUUCUCGUUCCUUUUCUCGUUCCUAAUGUAUUUCUUCCAUCUCACAAACCCUCCCAAUUCUUUAUUUUAAAUUAUAUUCACAUAAUUUCAUUUUCAUGUAAAAAUAAAACGUAUAUGUAAUUACAAACAAAAAGAA